AUGAACACGACAGACCCAGUAACAGUUUUCAUUAUUGAUGGUUUGAAAGACAGAUAUAUGAUUCUAUUUUCUAUUUUUCUUACAAUAUAUAUUCUUAUACUCUGUGGAAACAGUAUGAUCAUGUAUGUCAUAAGAACAGACUGCAGACUGAAUUCACCCAUGUAUUUGUAUCUCCAUAAUUUAUCAUUCUCUGACAUGGUCUACACAUCAGUGACUAUUCCAAACAUGCUGUCAGGAUUUCUAGUUGAAGUUAAGACCAUUUCUAAAACAGGAUGUUUUGUGCAAAUGUAUUUUUUUCUCUCUAUGGGUAUAACAGUACGUGCUUUGCUAACAGUUAUGGCUUUUGAUAGGUACUUAGCUAUCUGUCAUCCUUUACGCUACAUAUCAAUUAUGACUAGGAAGGUUUGCUUUUUGCUCAUAUUUUUAGCAUGGUUCUUUGGAUGGAUCAUACCUGUCCCUUCCCUGAUUUUAGCAGUGCCACUACCAUUCUGUGGGCCCAACAUAGUUAAACAUAUCUUGUGUGAUCACAGCUCACUUGUGCGUCUGGCCUGCACGGACAUCACAAGGAACAGUGCAGUAGCACUAAUCUUUGCCUUAAUUGCCCUUAUUGGUACUUUCCUGCUAAUUUUGGCAUCAUAUAUCAGCAUUGGGAAAACCAUCAUCAGAAUGGGCUCAGCUGAACGACUGAAAGCUCUUGGUACUUGUGGCUCCCACCUGAUAGUGGUCUGCAUCUCUUAUGUGUCAGCCUCCUGUGUGUACAUCUCUUACCGAGUGACCAUGUUUGACUCAGAAGUACGUUUGGUUUUUGCUGUGCUUUACUCUGUACUGACACCCCUGCUGAAUCCCUUCAUUUACAGCUUAAGGAAUAAAGAACUGCAGGAUGCAUUUAAAAGAGCCUUCAGCAGAUGCAACACAGCCUCACACACAAGUAAGUGUGUCAGGAAAGCUGUGCCCUCUAUCUCAUGA